GAAGUCAACGUACAGAUCGAACCGGCCACUUCCUCCAUGGAUCUAUAAAGCAAGAAAUGCCCACCUUGAUCAAUCACGAUGCUCGUGCAGAGUUGAAUAACGUGGAGAGAACAAAAGAAAGAAACAAAGGAAAAUGAACAAGAUGAAGAAUGAGAUCAUUUCCAGGACGUGCAUCAAACCCUCCUCACCCACUCCGCCCCACCUGAAAAACUUCAAACUGUCUCUUCUUGACCAGCUGUUUCCCGCCAUCCAUAGCAACAUGACCUUCUUCUUCCCCUCCGUCGAUGCCCCCACCGACCCUGAUUUGGAAUUCUCACGCAAAUCCCAACUCCUACAGAAAUCCAUAUCCGAAACCCUCACCACCUUCUACCCUCUUGCCGGGCGCCUCGCCGACAACUCCACCAUAGACUGCAACGACGACGGUGCUCUCUUCAUCGAAGCCCGAACCGAUAGCCUACUUUCGGACUUCCUUAGCAAACCGGACUAUGAAACACUCGACCCCUUCCUCCCAACCACAGACCCAGAAACCAUGGAAUUAUCCAAGGGUACUUUUUGGCUCGUGAAAUUUUCCAUGUUCAGCUGCGGUGGCACAGCCAUCAGUCUCUCGCUCACUCACAAAAUCGCCGACUUCGCUGCGUUAAUCACACUGUUAAAGAGCUGGACCGCAACGUGUCGUGGAUUGAGCGAACCGCUGGUCCCGGAGUUCACUGCAGCUUCUAUCUUGCCGCCCAGAGAGAUUCUGGGCAUGUCAGCGUCCGUGCACAUUGCCGGCGAGAAGUUCAUACAAAGGAGGUUCGUGUUCAGCGCCUCUAAGGUCGCAGAGCUUAAAGAAAAAGUGCAAAGUGUGAUUGGGGGAGAGCAGUUCUUCGUCUCGCGUGUAGAGGUGAUACUAGCACUCCUAUGGAAAUGUGCGGUGGCCGUUGUCAAAUCAAAAACUGGGUCGUUCAAGCCGACGGCGUUGUUCCAAGCGGUGAAUCUCCGCUCGAGAAUGGACCCGCCGCUUCCGGACACAGUGUUUGGGAACUUUGUGUGUUCGUUUACGGUGAUCGUGGAGGAAGAGAGCGACAUGGAAAUACACCAGCUGGUGCAAGACAUGAGGAAGAACAAGAAUGACUUUCUCAACAACAAGGCGAAGAGGUUUCAAGGGGACGGAGGUUUCUCGGCUCUAAUGGAGGCUCUUAAGGAGAGGGGGGAGAUCUUCAAGAACAGGAAGGAAUUGGUCGCAUACCAAUGUACAAGUUGGUGCAAUUUUCCAUUGUAUGAAACCGAUUUCGGGUGGGGCAAGCCGGCGUGGAUGACAAGUGCAAAUAAGCUGGUGAGUAAUACCAUUUCUUUGCUGGAUACAAGUUCCGGCGGAGUUGAAGCUCUGAUAACAUUGGAUGAGGAAGAAAUGGCCAUAUUUGAACGCCAUGAGGAGCUCCUGGAAUUUGCUUCGGUGAACCCUAGCAUUGUUGUUUGAUUUAUCUGCUGGCGAAAUUUAUUAUUAUUUUCCUGUUUCUUGGUGAUAUAGAUCUUUAUCACCCAGAAAUUUAAAAUUUCUUUGAGAAGGCCGGUGUUCAUGAAAUUUAAAAUUUAUGAGUUGUAUG